AUUUAAUGCAAUACAUUAUCCUCAAUAAUGUGUUUUAUGUUAUAGUUUCCUCAAAAUGAAAACCAUGAACUCAUCUUCAUCAUCACUACUCCUCAUCCUUCUUCUUCUCAACUUAUUCUUCAUCUAUUCAAACGCCAAUCAUCAGAUUACAGCUAAAAGAAAACGUAAGGCGCCGUCUAAACAGCUUAGAUUCAAACCAGGUCCAUGGAAGAACGCUCAUGCCACCUUCUAUGGUGGCCCUGACGGUUCUCAGACUCUCCAAGGAGCAUGUGGAUAUGAGGAUGUAGUAAAACAAGGUUAUGGGAUAAAGACUGCGGCUUUGAGCGAAACCUUGUUUACCAAAGGAGGGACUUGUGGUGCUUGUUAUGAGAUCAUGUGUUUCAAUGAUGAUAAAUGGUGUAAGAAAGGUGCUCCAUCUUUACAUGUCACCGCCACUAAUAACUGCCCUCCAAAUUAUGCUCUUGCUUCGGAUAAUGGCGGUUGGUGUAAUCCUCCUCGCGAACAUUUUGAUCUUUCUCAACCUGCUUUUCUUCAGAUUGCGGAGUAUAAGGCUGGGAUUAUUCCUGUUCGGUAUCGUAGGGUUCCAUGUCAAAAGAAGGGAGGAAUAAAGUUUACAAUAACAGGCAACCCUUAUUUCAACAUGGUUAUGAUUUGGAAUGUUGGAGGAGCCGGAGAUGUAACCGGUGUACAAGUGAAGGGAAACAAAAAAUUGAAAUGGACUACCUUGGAUAGAAACUGGGGCCAAAAAUGGGUCACCAACGCCAUGUUGUCCGGCGAAUCCUUGACCUUUCGGAUCCAAACCAGCGAUGGUAGAAAACUAACUUCUUGGCAUAUUGUUCCUCAAAAUUGGCAGUUUGGUCAGACUUUUGAAGGAAAGAAUUUCAGGUGA